AUGCCGCUCAAUGUACCAGGAAUUCUAGCUUCCGUCCAGUCUCUGGUAAACCCUAGAAUAAUUGUUCCUAGUUUAUCAAUUAGAGAUAUCCGCCAUCUCAAUUUUGAUGCGUUAAAACAUGCAGGCUAUAGAGGAGCUGUUUUUGACAAAGAUAAUUGCCUGACUCUUCCCGGAAAGGAUACCCUCAUACCGGAAAUUGAAGAGGCAUGGAAGGAGUGUAAACAAGUUUUUGGUAAGGGCAAUGUUCUUGUCAUCAGCAACACUGCUGGAGCACAUGUGGAUGCGGGUGGAAUUCAGGUGUGUAAUCUGUGA